UCGGGAAAAUCGGAUUUCACACCGAAAAUUGUACAACCCGAAUAUGUAAAAGUGCUAUAAAACUUUGAUUGUUCAAUUUUAAAGUUUAGUUGCUAAAUAAGAAGUUGAUAUUGAUAAGAUGACCUCAAACGCUCAACUGAAGAAAGUGGUCACCAUAAAGAAUGACAAAGGUCACAGCGCCCCCGCAAUGUGUGCUUGGCAGAAGUGCUCCGGAAACUAUCUCGCCCUUCGGUUUGAAGGUGUCCACGUCAUUUUCAUUUACGACAGACAAGGCAAACUCUUCAAGAAAAUUCCGAUCGCCACUAACUGUACUGCCCUCGAGUGGGACGCGGAUGGGGACGUGUUGGCCAUCAUGAUCGAAACACCAGGAACUCUCGUCUUGUGGGAGGCUCACAGCAGCAAAAUGUUGGAAUUGGACACUUCCCUGCGCGAAGUUUCCACCGCUAUUUCAUGGUCAUGCGUCGGGAAAACGUUAGCAUUGGGAACUAUGAAGGGAAAUAUUAUGGUGUAUGAUCAUCGCACCAUGCGAAAAAUCCCCGUGUUGGGAACUCACAGUAAAAAGAUCGUGUGUGCCAAAUGGUCUCGAGACGCUGUCCUGGCCUUUGGUACAAUUGAAGAACAAAUCAGUCUCAACACAAAAACGGGCGAAACUUUGCGACACCUUCAACUUCGUGGGAACCCUUCCGACCUUCAGUUUGGAUUUAUUAAGGAAGAUCAGACCUCCAGUGUCACCACGGACAAUGCGAUCAGCUGCAUUGUAGGAGAUAGGACUCUGUACCUGUUAAAGUAUGACGACCCUGCGGCAACGUCCCCAAUGGAGCUCGGAUUUCAGGCGAGAUACGGGAAUAUAUUGAGCCACUUUUGGCACGGGGAUGGCUACAUCGUAGUAAUUUUUGUGGGGGGAUUUAUCGUCCUGCUUUCCUCACACUAUAAAGAAAUCGGGACGGAGCUUGUCCUCUGCGAAAUGAAGGAGGACAUUGUUCGACAUGCCGUACUAAACGUGCAGCGUGGAUGGAUUUCAAUUUGCUGUGGCGCCUCAACUUUGCAAAUUCAUGAAGCCGCUGAGCCAAAAAGGACGCUGGGCAUUACCGAAGUGUCCGACGAUGAGGGUCGAGUACGCCAAAUUGUGCGAUCCCAAUGGACGGAUGAUGGUCAGUUGCUCUCCGUCAACUCUGCCGUUGGGGACGUGGUCAUUUAUCUCACGUCGGUGCCAAUGAUGGGGGGAGCGAAUUUCAGCCAGCUUGCAGCCAUGUCUUCGCUUACUGAUUGUUCGCUCUACAGUUUUAUCAGUACGACGGGUCAACCAGCGAAAGAGUUUGAGUUUGCGUUUGAAGCACAGCCGAAUCUGGUCGUUUUGGGACAAAUUCAUCUCGCAGCGAUCAUUCAUAGUUCCGCAUAUUUAUACAACACCCGAAAAGAUAUCAACCUCUUCAGCAACACGCCAUCCCACAAGAAAGAGUUCAACUCCAACAUUACAGAAUUCGUGAUAAAUCAAACGUACUGUGCUGCGAGGUGUGGUUCAGUCGCACAUCUUCAUCGCAUUGAGGGGAACGGGACGGAGAAAACAGACGUGAAAACUUUUCCUGAACCGAAUGCGAGAGGUUUCAAGAUAACCGCAAUGGCCAUGGCGAAAGAGGUGUUUCUUUACGGUGGGGAAACCGGCCAAGUAAAAAUGUUCCACUUGGACCAAUUCACGGAAAUCAUGAUGAUCGAAAUCGCCACGCAAGCCCCACUCAAAGGAAUUUACACAGACGCCUCCGGAGGUCAAACGGUCCUCGUGGACAAGCACAAUUCCGGUUUCUACUUUGACAUCCUCCGCCCCAACGAUAACGACUCUUCACUCUGCAAAACCCUGCCCAACUUCCCACCUCGCGUGGAUGGCGUCCAUUUCGACAUGGAUGUCAACUGUAGACAUAUUUUCCUCGUUUUUUCCAACAACGUGACCAAAUUUCAGCUCUAUUCAGGAUGGAAGGAUGCCGGUAAAGGGAACGAUAUCGAAUUCGUGGGGUACUUUGAACCCUUCAAGCACAAUCCGGAGUAUCGCCCGAUCUGUUUUAAGCGAGGAGUCGUCUGCGCUUUGACGGGCACGGGGAGGAUCGAAAGGUCGAAAUCUUUGUAUCAACAGCAAUUUCAGUUGGACGAGACGAUCAGUUUGGCAACGAUAGCGUCCUCGUCCUCGAUGGUGGGGUCAAGUUCGGAUCAAGCGCAGAAAUUGAAUAUUAUCAAGGGUCUCGUCAACUUGAGACUGUUUACCGAGGCGUACGAACUCUGCUGCGUUAAUUCGGAGAGGUCGGACAGUUCUACGAAUUGGGAAUAUUUGGCUGAAGCGGCGUUGGAAUUUGGACAGUUGGAGGUUGCUUCAAAGGCGCAAUUGAAGUUGGGAAAUAUCGGGAUGGUAAUUUCAAUUCGGAGAAUGAUGGACGAGGCGGAAGACCUCAACGCCCUUCAAGGCGAAGUGGCCAUGAUGAAGGGAGAUUUUGACCUGGCCGAGGCAAAAUAUUUGGAAGCGGGACUCCGUGACAAGGCCCUCGAGUUGCGGAGAGAUCUUCAAGAAUGGGACAAAGCGAUGGAAAUGGCGGAAAAGUUUAAUUCCCCACUAAUUUCGGAAAUUGCGAGAGAAUAUGCGGCCGUUUUCGAGUAUAAUCAGGACUACUCGUCUGCCCUGGCGUUGUAUCAGAAGGCAAAGCAAAAAUUUGUGGGGGGCAGGAUUAUGAACAUGAAACAAGCCAUGAAUCAAGUCGUCACGAAUAGCAUGGCCCCUAUUGCGGGACAAGAUAACGAGGAGCCAAGAGGGGGCAGUGGCGAUGCGAAGAGGUCACCCAUCCCAUCAACAGGCAACAAUCAGACUGAGCGAGAUACCAAAAUCCUACUCGAUAUUGACAAAGGAUUGGCAAGAAUGUACAUUCGAAAUGGGAUGGACUCCGACGCCGUCGAACUGAUCACAAGCAUCUCCUCCAAAAAAGACGUCUCCUUUGUGAAAGAAUGCGCCAGAAUUUUUGAAGCGGAGAAAAAGUAUGAAAAAGCUGCCAAGCUGUAUCUCGAGUCCUCCGAGGAAACCAGAGCCGCGACUUGUUACAUAAAACUGAAGCAGUUUCCCAAAGCGGAGGAAAUUCUGAAGAGGAAACCUGCUCCAGAAAUUUGGCGACAAAUGGCGAAAGCUAAAGAGGCGGAAGGGAAUAUUAUCGAGGCUGCCAGGGCGUACAGUUUCGCUUACGAUUUUGAAAACGGAAUCCGACUCUACCUUACCCUCGGAAUUCCGGAGGAAGCCGCAACGCUGGCAAGAAUGAGUGACGAUCCGCAAGACGCGGUCAAAGUGGCGCUUUACUAUUUAGAAAAGGGAGACCUCGACGAAGCCCUGAUGUACCUCGUUCGAUCCGAGUGUUACCACGACGCUUUGGCAAAUGCGUUCAAAUAUGGGAAAACUGAGUACUAUGUGGACUUCGUGUUUAACCAUUUUAAGGGUGAAUAUCCUGAAGGCUUUUCUCCCGGGUUGGCCCAAGUUGCGGCGGAUUUUGAGAGCAAAAAGGACCACUUCCGGGCUGGAAAGUGUUACCAGUAUUUGAAGCAGUAUGGCAAGUCCUUCAACUGUCUCCAAAGAGCGGCUCAUAAUCGCGUCCAAGCUAACGAAGAAGAAGUCAUGGUCGCCCUAAUCCACACCGUCGUUUACGCCGACGAUGACGACAUGUCCCGCCAACUGGUCGAAUUUCUCCUCGGGGAGACCGACGGUGCUCCGAAGGAUCCAUUUUACCUCCAUUAUUAUUACGUGAUGGCGGAAAAAUUUUCAGAAGCUUCGAAAACUGCGCUUAUCGUGUCUCGAUCUUAUCAAGAUAGUGGGAGUUUCCUUGAAGCGAGAAAUUCUGUCUUUGACUCGAUGUGCUGGCUUAAAAAUUCGAGUGGAAAGUACAGCAAGGACACGAUCGAUCAGUUUAAUCAGACCCAGAGUUACAUGAUCUUGAGGGUGCUACUUAAUCAGAAAGAGAAAAAUAUUCCGGCCAGAAUUAUUACGAGGAUUUUUGACAAUAUUUCGAGAUUUAAGAAGGCCUGUCCCGGACUCCUCCUCGCCGGAGUGAACGCUUGUCAACAAGCGAAUUUAAAACAGUCCGCGAGACAAAUGGCUUUCACUCUGAUAAAGGAUUACAAAACGCAACUUGACGAUAAAUUCCGCCCAGCAAUUGAACAAUUGGUUAGAAAAACGGCAAAAGUGGAUUUCGUGGAUGAGCCAGAUACCGUUUCGCCGUGUCCAUAUUGUAAUCAAGGGGUGGAGGAUUUCUCACUAAAUUGCAAAUUUUGCAAAUGUUUCAUACCGAUGUGCAUUGUUACGGGUCAGCACAUUAUAAAAAGUGAUAUCGGUACCUGUCUCGGGUGCAAUUUUCCUUUUCGAUUUAGCGAAAUGAAAAAGUUUCAAUCCCUCGUGAAAGAAUGUCCUGUCUGUGGUGCGAAUUGGGAAGGAAACAGUAUGAAAAAGUUGAAUGAUAUUCGACCUUAUCUUUACGACAAUAUUGUUGUUGAGUAAUAAUGAGUUGGUCGUGGUGGUAAAUAUUUACGUUUCCAUUGAAGAAUUUUCAGUAUUAUUAACGUAUUCACUCUUUAAACCACUAUUAUUAACGGAAAAGAGGAGACGAAGGUUUGAAAUUCUUGCCCCAUUAAUUUCCUAAAGUCACCUCGAUUUGCAUAAUUGAUUACUUGUUUGACAGACUUGUCAACAAUUUUCCAUGUGUGUGUACUUGUACUUGGCCAAAUAGACCAAAUAAUGAAGAAAUGAAAUCAGUUGACAUUGGACACAGCAUGAGAGAUGAUCAUUGUUGGUGUAAAUACAUAAAUUCAAGCCAAGGCAAGGUUUUUAGGUCUACCUGUAUGCACAUUAUUGCCAAUUUACAUGUGAAGAUUGCGUCGAAUUAAAAUUCCAAACUUUUUUGCGUAUGAAAA